UUUCCUGACGUGAAAGUCAAAGUUUGUCAGAGCGACGGCAGAGCUGUAGUCCAGUAUACUCUUGGUUUCUGUCUGAAGAAAACUCAACUGGGUUCAUCUGUUCUUUCUCAACAUUUGACUCAAAUACUGUGUGUAGAUAUGUCUGCUGCCAGCUCUCUGAGAUCUGAAGAUCAGUUUCUGUGCUCCAUCUGUCUGGAUGUGUUCACUGAUCCAGUCUCUACACCAUGUGGACACAACUUCUGCAAACUCUGCAUCACUGAGCACUGGGAUACUGCUCAUCUAUCUAAGUGUCCACUGUGUAAAAAAGUGUUUGUGAAAAGACCUGAACUUAACAUCAACAGUUUCAUCCAUGAGAUGGUUGCUGAGUUCAGACAUGAAGCUCAACAGAACGCCAAAAGCAGCAGCUCAGAACAACGAGCUGCCAAACCAGGAGAAGUUCCCUGUGACGUCUGCACUGGAACCAAACUGAAGGCCCUGAAGUCUUGCCUGGUGUGUCUGCUCUCCUACUGUGACUCUCACCUGGAGCCUCAUCUGACAGUGUCACGUCUGAAAACACAUCAGCUGAUCCACCCUGUGGACAACCUGGAAGACAGGAUGUGUAGGAAGCACGAUAAACCUCUGGAGCUGUUCUGUAAGACUGACCAGACAUGUGUCUGCAUGCUCUGCCCUGUUUUAGACCACAAGACACAUGAUGUUGUUCCUCUGAAAGAAGAAUAUGAAGGAAAGAAGGCAGAGCUGGGGAAGACAGAGGAUGAAAUUCAGCAGAUGAUCCAGAAGAGACGACUGAAGAUUGAGGAGAUGAAAGAGUCAGUGAAGAUGAGUAAAGCUGCUGCAGACAGAGAGAAAGCAGAAGGUGUUCAGGUCUUCACUGCUCUUAAGGAGUCUGUUGAGAGAGGCCUGGACCAGCUCAUAAAGGAGAUCGAAGACAAACAGAAAACAACAGAGAAACAGGCUGAAGGUUUCAUCAAAGAUCUGGAACAGGAAGUCUCUGAGCUGAUGAAGAUUAGCUCUGAGGUAAAGCAGCUCUCACGCUCUGAAGACCACCUCUACCUCCUCCAAAGCUUCUCCUCCCUGAAAGAUGCUCCACACACCAAGGACUGGACAGAGGUCAGCGUCCAUCCACCAUCAUAUGAGGGGAUUGUGGGGAGAGCUGUGACUCAGCUGGAGGAGACACUCAGUAAAGACAUGAAGAAGCUGGUUGAGGCUGAGCUGAAGAGGGUCCAGCAGUAUGCAGUGGAUGUGACUCUAGAUCCUGAUACAGCACAUCCUGCACUCAUCCUGUCUGAUGAUGGAAAACAAGUUCAUUGUGGUGAUGAGAGGAAAAAUCUUCCAGACAACCCAGAGAGAUUUUCAUAUUGUGUUAGUGUUUUGGGAAAGAAGAGUUUCUCUUCAGGCAGAUUUUACUUUCAGGUUCAGGUUAAAGGAAAAACUGACUGGGAUCUAGGAGUGGCCCGAGAGUCAGUCAACAGGAAGGGAGACAUUAUAGCAAGUUCUAAGAAUGGUUUCUGGUCUCUAAGUUUGAGAAAUGGAAAUAAGUAUACAGCCAAUACUAGUCGUCCAGUGCGUCUCUCUCUUGGUUCUCGUCCUGAGAAGGUGGAGGUGUUUGUGGAUUAUGAGGAGGGUCUGGUCUCUUUUCAUGAUGUAGAUACUGCAGCUCUUAUCUACUCCUUUACUGACUGCUCCUUCACUGACAAACUUUAUCCAUACUUCAGUCCCUGCACAAAUGAUGGUGGUAAAAACUCUGCACCUCUGAUCAUCUGUCCUGUCAAUCAAACUGUCUGAUCCAUUUAAUGAUGAAGCUUUGAGGUCAAUGAAUGAACUUAUUGAUCUUCACUCUUGAUUCACACUCUGUACACAUAUGCUUUAAUACUACAAUACUGGUACAGCUGAGAUUGCAAAGAUAUCAAUGGAUUAGAGAGAUACGGUACAAACUGAUUAUGUUGGAAUAAAAACAUGUUAUUGUGAAUUAUGGUAAAACCUUUUUCGAACUGUUGGUUUUUGAACUGGUUUUGAACUGUUGAUUCAUGAAACUCUUCACCCCAGAUCCAUCCUGAAAAGCACUCGUGUGUAAAUUGUGAUGAUUGCAAAAUAAGCUCCAAUUAAAGGCCAAGGACUGUGUACUGGGCUGUGUAAACUAUGUUUAUUUCUGGUGUCAUCACCUUUAACAUGGUUUCAUUCACUAGUUUUUGCUCAGAAAUAUUUUAAAAAACAGAGGUUUGAUCGUCAUUUGAAGCAAUU